GAGGGGGGUCUGCUGUUUCAGCCUCACUCUGGAUAAGCGCUCAGCAGAUCUUUAAAGGCACUGUUUGUAGUGUCUCAAGUUUGUCUGCUGGGACUCCUAUCCAAGGACACUCUCUUCCGAGAUGCCAGAACCUGCCAAGAAAGCCGCGUCCGCCUUCACCAAGAAGCCCAAGAGUUCAGAAGCUGUGGCCGGCGGGACGGUUGUUUUUGAAGCUGAGACUGAGAAGAAGGACACCAAGGUGAAAUGGCAACGGGACUCGGCCGACAUCGUGGCGAGUGAGAAAUACCUGAUCACUGCGGACGGAAACAAACACUCUCUAACCAUCAACAGCAUCAGCAAGGAGGACGACGUCGUCUACUCAGUAAUUGCAGGGAGCUCCAAGGUCAAAUUUGAACUCAAAGUGAAAGAACAGCAAGAGAAAACGGAAAAUGCGGCUGCCAGCUCCUCUGCCUCUGCUGAAGGACAACCUCAAGCAAGCCACGAGCAAGAAGCUCCUGCUGAGAGCCAGCAACCAGACACGAGACAGGACCUGACUGGGUUAUUCCUGGAGAAGCCCCAGAGUGGAGAGGUGACAAUGGGUGCCAACAUUACUUUCAUUGCAAAGGUUGGAUCCGCCAACCUAAUAAAGAAACCAGCAGUGAAGUGGUUUAAAGGCAAGUGGAUGGACCUGGCCAGCAAAGCAGGCAAGCACCUGCAGCUGAAGGAGCUGUACGACAGGAAUACCAAGGUGUACACCUUUGAGAUGCAAAUCAUUGGAGCCAAGGCCAACUACUCUGGUGCGUACAGAUGUGAAGUCUCCUCCAAGGACAAGUUUGACAGCUGCAACUUUGAUCUCAUUGUGCACGAGGCACAUGUAGAAGAAAUUGAUAUCCGUGCAGCUUUCAGACGCACGAGCCUCAUACCGGGAGGUAAACGGAAGAGUACAGCAGGUGGAAGUAGCUGUGAUGGAGGCGAGGAGGCGGGAGAGCUGGAUUUCAGUGCUUUGCUGAGAAAGAGGGCCACCCAGGUGAGCAAUGAGCCAGAGGUGGACGUGUGGGAUAUCCUAAAGAAAGCCCCGGCGUCCGAGUACGAGAAGAUCGCCUUCCAGUACGGCAUCACCGACCUGCGCGGCAUGCUGAAGAGACUGAAGAGGAUGAAGAAAGAGGAAAAGAAGAGUGAAGCAUUCCUUAAGAAGCUUGACCCAGCCUACCAGGUGGACAAAGGUCACAAAAUGAAGAUUGUGGUUGAGGUGGCCGAUCCUGAUGGGGAGGUGAAGUGGCUGAAGAAUGGGCAGGAAAUCCAAAUGAGUGGCAGCAAGUACAUCUUUGAGAAUAUUGGAAACAAAAGGAUUCUGACCAUCAACAACUGCUCUCUGGCCGAUGACGCUGCCUACCAGUGUGUCAUUGGAGAGGAGAAGUGCUUCACUGAGCUCUUCGUCAAAGAGCCCCCGGUACUCAUCGUACAAUCCCUUGAGGAUCAGAUGGCGAUGAAGGGAGAGAGAGUGGAGUUUGAGUGUGAGGUCUCCGAGGAGGGAGCCCUGGUCAAAUGGGAAAAGGAUGGUGUGGAGCUGACCCGUGAGGAGACGUUCAAGUAUCGCUUCAAGAAAGACGGCAGGAAGCACUACCUGAUCAUCAACGAAGCUACCAAGGAAGACUGCGGCCACUACAUGGUCAAGACCAAUGGCGGGGAAUCCGUAGCUGAGCUCAUGGUCCAAGAAAAAGACUUGGAAGUGUACCAGAGCAUUGCUGACCUGACAGUGAAGGCCAGAGACCAAGCUGUGUUUAAAUGCGAGGUCUCCGAUGAGAAUGUGAAAGGAAUCUGGUACAAGAAUGGCAUGGAGGUGAAAGCCAGCGACAGAGUCCACAUCACACACAUCGGCAGGAAUCAUAAAUUGACAAUUGAUGACGUGAAGCCAGAAGAUGAAGGCGAUUACACUUUUGUCCCCGAAGGAUACGCUUUUAAUCUCUCUGCCAAACUGAACUUCCUAGAGGUCAAGAUUGACUAUGUGCCUAGACAAGAUCCACCCAAAAUUCACCUGGACUGUGUUGGCCACACCCCUGAGACCACUAUUAUUGUGGUGGCUGGAAACAAACUGAGACUGGACGUGCCCAUUACUGGAGACCCUGCUCCCACUGUGGUGUGGACCAAAGCUGACAAGGGUAAAACUAGACCACCGAAGAGCGAGGAAUCCUCAGACAUGGAGUUCAGUGCUGAUUUGAUGAAAGAUGGCAAAGUGAUCUCUGACACAGACGGCCGUGUGCAUGUGGAGACCCUGAAGGAUCACUGCGUCUUCACUAUAGAGGGGGCAGAGAGAGAGGACGAGGGGGUCUACACAGUGGUGGUGAAGAACCCGGCUGGAGAGGAUACCGCCGACAUUACUGUGAAAGUCGUGGAUGUCCCCGACCCCCCCCAAGCCCCUAAGAUUGUCAGCCUGGGUGAGGACUGGUGCAAUGUCCAGUGGGAACCACCCGCGUUCAACGGAGGCCAGCCAAUUCUGGGGUACGUACUGGAGAGAAAGAAGAAGAAAAGCUACCGAUGGAUGAGGCUCAACUUUGACCCCCACAAGGGUCUGACCUAUGAGGCGAAGAGGAUGAUAGAGGGCAUGGCUUAUGAGAUGAGGAUCUACGCUGUGAAUGCCAUCGGCAUGUCCCGGCCUAGCGCCCCUUCACAGCCCUUCGUGCCGAUCGCUCCCACCAGCGAGCCCCAUUGCCUGACUGUUGAUGACAUUACUGACACCUCCAUCUCCCUGAAAUGGAGACCUCCGGAGAGGGUCGGAGCAGCAGGGCUGGACGGCUACACUGUCGAGUACUGCAAGGAGGGCACGGAUGAGUGGGUGCCUGCCUUCGAGGGCAUGACUGAGCGCACCUCCGUCAACAUCAAAAACCUCCCGACAGGAGAGAAGAUGCAGUUCCGCGUGCGAGCCGUCAACGUGGCUGGAGCGAGCGCCCCGGCGACCCUGACCCAGCCUGUGACAAUCCGCGAGAUCAUGCAGCGCCCCAAAAUCUGGAUUCCUCGCAACCUCCGCCAGACUGUGGUUAAAAGAGUAGGCGAGACAAUAAACAUUGUCCUUCCUUUCCAGGGGAAGCCCAGGCCCAAAGUGACUUGGACAAAAGACGGAGAGGCUCUGGACCCCAAACAAGUGGGCGUCCGCAACAGCGACUUCGACACAAUCCUCUUCAUCCGCCGGUCGGAGCGCAAGGACUCUGGGAAGUACGAUGUGGCCGUGCAGAUCGAGAACAUGGAGGACAAGGCCAGCCUCCACAUUCAGGUCGUCGACAAGCCCGGACCACCCCAGAACUUGAAGAUCACAGACGUGUGGGGCUUCAACGUGGCUCUGGAAUGGAAACCCCCGAAGGACAAUGGCAACUGCGAGAUUACAGGCUACACCAUCCAGAAAGCAGACAAAAAGACAAUGGAAUGGUUCAAUGUGUAUGAACACUACCGCCGCACCAACUGCGUGGCGUCAGACCUCAUCAUGGGAAAUGAGUACAUAUUCCGGGUCUUCGCUGUGAACAUGUGUGGCCUGAGUGAAGAGCCUUGCACCUCCAAAGACAGCGCCUACAUCCAGAAAACAGGUAUUGUGUACAAGCCACCAACCUACAAAGAACAUGACUUUUCUGAAGCACCCAAGUUCACACAUCCCCUGGUGAACCGCUCUGUAAUAUCAGGCUACAACGCCACCCUGAGCUGUGCCCUGAGGGGAUGGCCUAAGCCUAAAGUGGUCUGGUACAAGAACAAAAUGGACAUCUCGAACGAGCCCAAGUUCCGCAUGUUCAGUAAGCAGGGAGUGCUGACCCUGGAGAUCAGGAAACCCUGCCCCUUCGACGGGGGCACGUACACCUGCAAGGCUAUCAACGACCAUGGAGAGGCUGAGGUGGAGUGCAGACUGGAGGUCAGAGCAUACGUGGCCAAGGAGGCUUCGCAAGAGAAAUGAAGUGUCCCUAAUCAGCGCAACUUUUGUAUUUAGCGUAAUCUUUCACAACAUGAACUACUUAACAAACAGAUUUUACUGCAUUUCAGUCACCUGCCUUCCCACUAUUUCUGUGCUUGCUUUGUGUUUGGAAAAACACUGUGUGCCACGCCGAAGAAGAUAAGUCAAAAUGUGAUACUGGAGUUUGUGAAGUUGAAGAUGGAUUUCUUUCUUAUAAUUGGUCAAUGCAUGUGAUUGGAUUCUGGGUGUAUUGUGCAGAGGGAAGAGGUGUAUGGUCAGAUUGCACAGCUAAGCAGCUAAUCUCAUUGUGCAAACUAUUAGAGAGUUCAUUGAUUUAAAAAAGCAAUAACUCGUGCUGUGUUGUACUGUUCUUGUUUUCUCACUCUCCUUUGGGCACCAUGGAAUGUAUGCAUUCUUGUUUAUAAUUUGAAAAUAAAAUGUGUUAAAUCUUGA